GUGGCUGGGGGUCGGCGCGGGGAGGCGUCCCCUCCAGGCCGGGGCCCUUUCGGGGGCGCGCCCGCCCCGCCCUCCAGACGGGACUCGUUGGGUCCCUCUGGCGCCGCGUGGGUCCCUUUCCCAGAGCUGCACCCGCCCCCUCUCGGCUCCUGGGCGCCACGGAUAGGAGGGCAAGUCACGCGAGGACCAGCCGGGUGCGGAUCGAGGCGGAGGAGUCCGGGGCCCUGCACACGCCUGGAGAGGCUCUGUCGUUGGCGGGGCGCUCUCGGGGCCCCUCUCCCGGCUUCGACACUGCUGCGGGGAAGACCGUGCCCACAGACGGCUUGGGUGCAUGUUUGCCCCUGGAUCUCAGACCAGCUAGAAAUCAGUCUCUCCCUGAGACCCAGGCUUCUGAGGGCGAGCGAGGUUUCCAGGGACGGUGCAUACCCAAAACUUCGUGUUAGGAGAGGCCUGGGCCAGAGUGCGAAGGCGCUGCAGUGAAGUCGCACAGCAGGUACCAACAUCCCUGCCUUUCAGCCAGGGUUCUCAAUGGCUCUGGCCAGGUGGAUUGGGUUUUCGGUGUGGUCAUAGCAGUCACCGAGCCCAAGGGCCUGUGAAAUGAGAGGACCAAGAGAAUGGCCUCAGGUCUCCUCCAAUUUUAAUUAUCAUUGUAUUCCUUGGUGUGCACGGGACCAAGUGAGGACAUCAGGUCUCUGCCAUUGAGUACUUGCCAGCUCGAGUUGAGCAGACGGUUGUCUAGAAUGUUCCUGAGCAGCAAAAUGUGCAGGCUCCAGCCAAGUAACAAGGGAUUCAGAGAUGAAAAAGAUGAGAUCCUUGCCCUGAAGAACCCUGACUUUGUCUGGAGACUUUGCCACACGUCUCCAGGGUAGCAGGAGACCUGGUAGGGGAGCAGUCGUGGGGCACAGCCGGCAGGUGUCAGGGGUCGCUGCUCUCCACCACGUGGGUCAGCAUGGAGCCCGGAUGAGUCCACACCUGCUCUGGAGGGGCGCAGGCUAGAGGCUGAUGGCACUUUCCUGUCAGUUCUUGGUUUUCACUGUUGCUUCCUAGAACUAGACCCCAGCUCAAACGCCAGCCUGGCUGACGGGCUGUGAUCCUCUGCCCUGGUGCCACCUACCUCCCCAGCCAAGAUGCCCCCUUAUGUCUGCACGCUUCCCUCCACCGAGAUGGCUUGUAUCAUCCUCAGUUCUGGCUCCCGCCUGAUGCUGAAGACAGCCUCUUUCCAGAAGCCACUUCCAGUCGAGCCUUCGGAGAGUGACGCUGGCCUGAAUCCAAACCAGACCCAUCAUCGAGAAGAAAGCAGUCUCUAGGUCUCGUCCAGGUGGGGAAUGUACCGUCAUUUCACGUGCUGCCUCUGUGUGGGAGAGCAGCGGACAAGAGCCCAAGGAUCCCCUUUGACUUAAAGGGGAUUCAAAGGGUUUAUAUCCCAAAACGCAGGCCACUUGGAAUGUUCGCAGCUAGGAGGCCGCCCUCUUGGUUGAGACAGCCUGUCAGGACACGGAGUUUCUGUGCCAGAACUUCGGUUACAAGCUCAGAAAAACAAAGACUCUUGGCCAGAGCACAACCUCUGAAGAAGCGGAGCGACGCGGAAACUCCCACGGCCGGGGGAUUGUGCUGCUGGCUCGUCUCCUGGCUCUUGCCGGCUUCCAGUGCUCCUUCCCCUCCCCUGGGAAUGAGAGGGAUGGAAAGGCCCGCUGGCAGAAAAGAGACCAGACCCCGGAGGGAGAAGGAGGUGCUCGGAAGGACUCCCCAAAAGAAGACGUGUCUGCGGAAAAACCAACCAGAGAUGCGCUUUGACCAAAACGCACAGGAAGGAGCCCAGCCUGAGCCCUGAGGGUGAGACAUGUGCCUGAGGCCUCUGGUGCUUCAUGGAAAGAUGACUUCCAGGGGUUCCCGGGUUCCCGCCCCUCCAGGGGAGGCAGCCCGAGGAACGCAGCUGGGGCAGGUGCGUCUUUAAACAUCCGACGGACCCUGUUCGCCACCAGCGGGUCCCUGCUGGAGAGAGGCCUUCCCCUGAGCUCGGGCGGGAAGCCAUUCCGGCACAGCUCUGACGUGACCAAACCCAGCGCGUUCACCAUGGAGACAAGCCCUUUCAACGCCGUGUGUGCGGCAUCUAACUGCGGUUCAGAUCCGCUAAACCACCAGCAAACCCACACUGGAGAGAAACUGGAGGGGUGUGAGGAAUGUGGGGGGACUUUCACCCCAGCUCGUGUCUCAUUCGCCAUCGGAAACGUCACCCGCGGAAGAAGCACUGACCAGGGAACACCCAGGUCUGGCUGGAGACCUCCAUCGUGUCACCACGAUGACAAGGACGCUUCUGACAGCUGCGGCACCAGGGGCAGGCUUCGGGCCCUGGCACAGCCCCCACCUCCCGCUGCUGUCUCUGCCUGUGGUGCCCACGCUGGCUCCCCAACCACUGCUCCUUUGGAGACUGGUCUGCAGCCUCUCAGCCCUCAGCGUCCUGAGUCCAUCUCCAUGUGGCCUGGCCCUGAGCUGGACGGCAGUGCUUUGCAAUGAGCUCCAGGGACCCCGCUGUCCCCCGGCUGGCUGUGGUGGCAGUGCUGGGCCUCGUCCUCUGCCUUCCCUCCUCGGCUGGGGCACCACUUGAACGCGGCCCCCCUCCCCAGGAACUGGACCCCCUGUGGUCCUCGCAGCUCAGCCCCCAUCCCGGCUGAGGGACCUGACUCACCAGGUGAACCACCGUGACACCAAAUGCUGCCGCCACGCGAGAUCCCUGCCCCGGCCACGCGGGGCCCUGGGACGCCCAUGGUAGCUGGGAUCCCUUCAGACGCCAGGCGGUGGGUCCGUCCCCAGGGCCAGCUCUCCAUUCAGGUCCGGGUGCGCACACCUCAGCAGGCCUUGGGGGACGAUGGCAGCCCUGGUGGACAGUCAGGAGCCCCCUCACGUCCUGUCCCCUGUUGGUCUCGAGUCACCAGGGACACCUGGAGCCCAGCUUCACGGUCAGCAACAUGGCCUCAGGACACACUUUCUGUGCCAUUUUAUAAACAAGGAAAGCUUCCAGCCCCCCGAAAAAGCACCCAUCGCCCUCCCGGCCUCCUUGUCCUCCCCCUGGAGCACCACCCCCCAGCGCUGCGGUGUCCACUCGAGCCCUGGGCCUGGGGGCCUCGGCCCGGGUCGGGUUUCCCCGUCUGCAGCCCUGAGGUGCCCUCCCAGCUGCCACAGGAGGAGGGGCUGUGGGACCUGGACCUCCAGGACGAGCAGGAGGGCCAAAUCGCCAGAGACACCUGCCUGCCAGAUUCCGAGUCGGAGCCCCAGCUGGCUCCGUCGUCUCCCCGCCCGCGCGGCCCUGGAGAGGAGGUUCGCGGGGGCCGGGACCGGGGCGCGCUCCGGACCCUGCUGAGGCGUCUCGCCCGGAGGCCCAAGUGUGGGGAUGGCUUGGGGCAGGAGUGCAGCUUGGAGCAGCCGCCGGGAGCCGGGCCCUGCACCCAGGAGAGAGGAGGCCCCUGGCUGGGGCCGCAGGGAGCCGCGGGGACAGAGGGUGGCCCGGAGCGGGCCGCCGAGCUGGCAGGCAGCUGUGCCAGGGGCUCGGGCCUCGGGGCCCGGCAGGGCGGCCCUCGGGGCGGGAAGCCGCACCGCUGUGAGGCCUGCGGCAAGAGCUUCAGGUAUAACUCGCUGCUGCUGAAGCACCAGCGCAUCCACACGGGCGAGAAGCCCUACGAGUGCCCCGACUGCGGCAAGCGCUUCCGCGGCUGGUCCGGCUUCAUCCAGCACCACCGCAUCCACACAGGCGAGAAGCCCUACGAGUGCGGCCAGUGCGGCCGCGCCUUCAGCCACAGCUCGCACUUCACGCAACACGUGCGGGUCCACAACGGCGAGAAGCCCUACGCGUGCGGCGAGUGCGGCCAGGCCUUCAGCCAGAGCUCCAACCUGCUGCGCCACCAGCGGCUGCACACGGGCGAGAAGCCCUACGCCUGCAGCCAGUGCGGCAAGGCCUUCAUCUGGAGCUCUGUGCUCAUCGAGCACCAGCGCAUCCACACGGGCGAGAAGCCCUACGAGUGCCCCGACUGCGGCAAGGCCUUCCGCGGCCGCUCGCACUUCUUCCGGCACCUGCGGACCCACACGGGCGAGAAGCCCUUUGCCUGCGGCGCCUGCGGCAAGGCCUUCGGCCAGAGUUCCCAGCUCAUCCAGCACCAGAGGGUCCACUCCCGGGAGUAGCGGGCACGCGAGGCCUGGAGGAGCCGCGAGGGGCCGGGGACAGCGGCCUGGUGAGGAGGGGACUUUGGGGAGGGCUCCUGCCUCUGUGCGCCACCCGUUUGGCACAACCGGCACCGUGCGCUGUGUCCCGAAUAAAUUUUUUCUACCUGA